AGAGCUUCACGAUAGGUAUAAAUCCACGAAGAUGGCACUCAUGAAAUAUGCAUUCUCGCAACAGUCAAGCUCCUCUAUUGCUCAUCUACUCAGUGGAAAGAAAAGCACACAGUCUUCUGACCAAUGGAAAGCCUCAUCCGCAACAGUACAGCCGGCCAACUGCUGCGCUGGAUAACCAGGAAUAAAGUUCUACUACACCCUGAGGAACGUCCGGAUUUCCAAUGCCCUCAUUGCUACGCCGACAGAGCCGCUUCCCCGACACUGUUCGUUCACGAAGGGGAUGGCGAGCCGUCCCCGAAGCCCGAAUCCGACGCGGAGGAUGAACAACGCGAAGAUACAACAGAGAAACCGUCUCGAUCCGAAACUCCAGACGGAGAAACCCUGGACACAACUGAACUGACCCGCGUGCCUUCGAUGGCGGAUGUGGAAAAGGUCCAGACCCAAACGGACUUGGCACGUAUCUAUACGGCUGCCACGCAAACAGAAGCACUGCAGAAGGCUCCUAGCCGACCCAUCGCACCCACCAAAACUGCAGAUGGUACAAUCCUGGUCGAUUGGUAUACCACUCGCGAUCCUGAGAAUCCCCAGAACUGGACCACUACCAAGAAGCUCGUCGUCGUCUCUCAGAUCUAUCUCUACACAUUGGUCGUCUACAUGGGCUCGUCCAUUUACACCCCCAGCGCGACUCAGAUUCAAGAACGGUUCGGAGUCUCUUCAACAGCCGCGUCGUUAGGUUUGGCUCUAUAUGUCCUCGGAUACGGCAUCGGCCCGAUGAUCUUCUCCCCGCUUAGCGAGAUCCCCAGUGUCGGACGCAACCCUCCAUACAUCAUCACAUUCCUCCUAUUCAUCCUAUUCAGCAUUGGUGCUGCGGUGGUCAAUACAUUCGGAGGUCUGCUCGUCCUCCGCUUUCUUCAAGGUUUCUUCGGCAGCCCAUGCCUUGCGACCGGUGGUGCCAGCAUCGGCGAUGUAUUCAGUCUCCUAAAGCUACCAUACGGUCUCUCUGCAUGGGCUGCCUUUGCCACUCUGGGCCCUGCCCUGGGACCCGUCAUCUCCGGCUUCAGUGUCCCCGUCAAGGGCUGGCGCUGGUCACUGUGGGAGACAGUCUGGAUGUCUUCACCAAUCCUAGUGGUGAUGUUCUUCUUCCUCCCCGAGACCUUCCCCGACGCCAUCCUCCUCCAGCGCGCGCGACGCCUCCGCCGAUUGACCGGCAACGACAAACUCCUCUCUCAAUCGGAAAUCAACCAGAAGAAGCUCACCUUCACCGCAGUGGCCAUGGAAGCGCUCUACCGGCCCCUGCAAAUCGUAGUCCUCGACCCCGCCAUCUUCUUUGUCAACAUCUACACUAGUCUCAUCUACGGCAUCUACUACUCCUUCUUCGAAGUCUUCCCCAUCGUCUACAUCGAGAUGUACCACUUCAACCUCGGCCAGAUGGGCCUCGUCUUCCUCAGCAUUGCAGUGGCCCUCGCCAUCGCCGUCCCUGCCUACUUCAUCUACCUGAACAAGAUCUUCGAGCCUGAGAUCCGCACGCAGGGUCUCCAAUCCCCAGAACGACGCCUCAUCCCCGCCCUCUUCGCCUGCUUUCUGCCUCCGAUCGGAUUGUUCCUCUUCGGAUGGACUUCCCGCACCUCAGUGCACUGGAUCGUCUCGGUGAUUGGUAUCCUGAUCUACACGAUCGGCAUCUACGUGGUGAUUCAGUGCAUUUUCAUCUACAUCCCCAUGACGUACCCGCAGUACGCGGCGAGUCUGUUUGCAGGGAAUGACCUCAUGCGCAGUGCGCUGGCUUGUGGUGCGGUGCUGUUUGCGCGUCCCCUCUAUCUCAAUCUAGGGGUUGGACCUGGAAUUAGUCUGCUGGCGGGGUUGACAGUGGGCUGCAUUGCGGGGAUGUUUGCGCUGUAUCGGUUUGGGGCGACGCUGAGGGCGAGGAGUAGAUUUACGGCGAAGUAGAUUGGUGGAUCGGUUAAACUUGGAGCGAUCGAUUUCUUCUCUUGAUCAUGGGUUCGGACUUGCUUUGGUGGUUAUCUUGUUAUGAUGAUAUAUGAAAAUAGUAAUUAAUAAUGAUUAUAACACUGUUUUGCUCUUCAAUUCAGCGUGAC